AUGAGCAUCCUUCACCAGUACAAAAUACACAACUGCAAUUUGCUCUUCAAUGAAGAUGCAACGGUUGACGAUCUCAUUGAUAUUAUUGAGGGCAACAGAAAGUACAUUAAGUGCAUUUAUGUGUACAACAAAAUUGAUAUGCUGCCCUUGGACGAAAUUAACGCCAUCGCCUCGGGCGAAAACACGGUGGUGAUAAGCAGCAGCAAGUCGUGGAAUUUGGACGUGCUGAAGGAGUACAUAUUUCAGAAAUUGGAAAUUAUUCGCGUGUAUACCAAAGUGCGCAAGGAGAAACCUGACUUUACGAAUCCGAUUACGUUAACUAGGCAGCGGGGAAGCCAAACUGUGGAAGCCGUGCUUAACCAAAUUCAUAAAGACAUGAUUAAGGAUUUUAAAUUCGCGCUCGUUUGGGGAAGAAGCACAAAGCACAAUCCGCAAAGAGUAGACUUACAUCACAAGCUAGCCGAUGAGGACGUCAUUCAGAUUGCAAAAAAUGGCUAGCUGGAAAAAAAAAAAAAAAAAAAUACGCGCCAUGUACAAACGUACGUACAAACAAAGGAACAACUUUUUUUUUCUUUUUUUUAACCCCCUAUUCUGUGCUAUUGUUUCCAUGCCACUGUAACGAAUUCCCCUUGGUGAACAUUUGAUGGGCUUCCUUCGAACCCCCCACUCCCAUUUGCAUAUGCAUAUGCAUCUCCGCUUUAAACUGCACUUGCUUUGAGUGUGCACUUAUUACUGCACAGGUAUGCUCCGCUCCUGUGUACUGUACGCACACACAGCAGAUACCCUGGCUGAUGACCAACACCUACUUUUCGCUGCUCACCUUUUCGACUUUAUCCAACUAAUCCCCCUCUUAUGCGUUGCGCAAU